AUGUUCCCUGUCUCACCCUUCAUCACCACCAUCGACCACCACCACCAUCGCCGCCCACGGUUGGCACCCUACGCCGCCACUGUUGCUCGUCACCGCCGACCAAUGCCACCCACCGCCGCCACCACCCUCCGUCACCAACCACCGCCACCACCACUGACCAACACCACCUACUGUCGUUGUCGCCACCCGCCGCUGCCACCACCACCACCACUCACCGCCGACACCCUAACCACCGCCACUACCAACGACACCCACCGCCACUCACCAGCCACUAUGACCAUCGUCAGCACCCACUACCGUCACCCACCGUUAAUUUUAUUCUUUCACCUUUUCGUGCCUACCAAAUAA